CAGCCUGAAUGUUCGCCAUUUUGAUUUGUUCAACUCAUGUUUUCUGCUGAGUUGUUGUACUUGUGUGUAUUCGUUUGUGUACAAUAACCUGUUCUUCUGAACUUGAAGAAGUUACCCGCGAGCGAAGAGUCUUCUUUGAAGCAGUGAUGUUCAGGAAUCAGUAUGAUAAUGAUGUCACAGUUUGGAGUCCCCAGGGGCGUAUCCAUCAGAUUGAGUACGCGAUGGAAGCUGUCAAACAGGGCUCUGCUACAGUAGGCCUUAAAUCAAAAACACAUGCUGUACUCGUGGCGUUAAAGAGGGCGUCCUCCGAGUUGUCUGCACAUCAGAAGAAGAUAAUUCCUAUUGACGAUCAUAUCGGUAUUUCUAUUGCUGGUCUUACAUCGGAUGCCAGACUUCUCAGUAAAUUCAUGAGGACAGAGUGUUUAAAUUCACGCUACGCCUUCGAUGCUCCACUGCCUGUCUCUAGAAUGGUGGGAAUGAUUGGAAACAAAUCUCAGGUGAAUACACAACGCUAUGGCAGAAGACCUUUUGGAGUUGGUUUACUUGUUGCUGGCUUCGAUGAGAAGGGUCCACACAUCUACCAGACGUGUCCAUCAGCGAAUUACUUUGAGUGCAAGUCAAUGGCCAUCGGUGCUCGCUCACAAUCUGCAAGGACGUACCUUGAGAAACAUAUGAAUGAGUUCCUUGACUGUACACAGGAGGAGUUAGUGAAGCAUGGACUCAGAGCAUUGAGAGAUACCCUGCCUAAUGAGACAGAGCUCAGCACAAAGAACUGCUCCGUGGCGAUUGUUGGUGAGAAUCAGAAGUUUACUGUGUAUGAAAAUGACGAAGUUGCAGCUUAUCUGUCUGGAAUUGAAGCUUCAGCUCGUGCCAAGCGAGCAGCAGCAGCUGCAGCAGCAGGGGACGACAAACCAGCCAGUCAACCUGAUGCUGCCGCACCCAUGGAUACAGAAGGCACUGAGGGUACACCAGCAACAGCAGCCGCUGAGGAGGAUAAACCAACACCCAUGGAACAGCAGUAGGGAGCCUUGAAAGAGUGAUUAUCAAUUCAUAGAACACCAGUAGUGUUUUGUAUUAUGUUUAUUUUGAGAGGAAAGCAGAGGGUUUUGAACAGAAGAGGGAACUUUUUAGGGGUUGGCAAAAAAUGCUCACAUAAAUUAACCACAUAACUCAACAAUCCAGCAGCAGUGUCCAUGAUCCAUGGCUAGAAGCAGACAUGUUUCUUAUGAGGACUGACUUGGAAAGUAUUCAAAUUAGUGGUAGAUUUUCUUUGAUUGGGGCAUUGAAAUGUGGUUUGGUCACUAUGAGUAAGUAAAGCCUGUUUCAAAGUUCAUGCGAAAAUUAAUGCAAAUUUGUUGACGAGAGAUAGUUGGGUAUGCACUUGUUUUCCAGUUAUGAUGCAAGAAACAUUACUUUGCUUUCGCAAUUUAUGUCAAGUAUGAACCAUGCUUUUUAAGAGGGAAAGAAACGGGCAACAGGAGAGUUAUGUUGUUUCUCAGACAUUUAUGAGGCUGUUCCGGGGUGCUUUCAAACCAGUUUGCUUUGGGAUUAUAAAUCCUUUUCCCGUUAAUUGCGAGGAAUUAGUUUCAAUCAGAAAGCUGUGUUAUCUUCCUAUAGAUAACUCAUUCUGUAUUUUGUGCACAUUUUUCUCGGAGUUCCCUCAGUUUUAUAUUCCAGUGAUCUAUUCAUUAGACAAUGUGUAAGGUGUUUUCUGAGGGUUGUUACCAUUAAUUGUCUUUGAAUAAAGGAUCAGGGGGUAUCCCGAAGAUGAACAAGUUAUCGACGUAUUUCUUAUUCUUACUAAAAGAGAAUGAGGUUCUCUUUCCAUAGAAGAAAGUUGGGACAUGUUUGUUGCAAGGCAGUAAAUAAUCAACAUCGAGUGUAAUGGGCUAAGGCAGACACAGUGUUAAUAUACUGUGACCAGCAGCCGAUUUCACGAAACCCUAGGACUAAUCUCGAGUUAGGACGAGUUACCCAUCCUAGGAUGGGUUCAA